CAGAUUACCACCAUGAGGUAUACAAGAUCUCUGACUACAGCAAUGAUGUUAAUGGGGAGACCAAAGAAACACAACCCAUUUUUUUAGGAGAUGAAAGCCGGGAAAUUAAAAAACAAAUUACAGGGAUGAGAAGAUUACUGAAUGACAGCGCUGGAAGAAUCUAUCAGCGCGUUGGCAAAGAAGGAGAAAAACUGAAGGAAGAACCCCAGGAUUUAGACUUAGCCUGGGCCCAGCGCCUGAACCCCCCUGCAGAGUCCCAGGCGAGCCUCCAUCCUUCUCAGAGUGGUGCAUGGAAUGAAUUAUCACCCCAAACCAGCCAUUUUUCAGGGCAGUAUGGAACUCGGUCUAAAACCUUCCAAAAUCAAACGAGAACCGUGGGAUCCAAUGGGGAAAUUCCAGGGGUGAAUUCCUCAGUAGGACCAAACUGCUGUACUUGUAACUGUCAGUCAACCUUGCAGGCCAUUCUCCAGGAACUCAAGACCAUGAGGAAGUUAAUGCAGAUUCAAGCAGUUGGAACCCAAAAUAGACAGCAGCCUCCCGUUCCCCUGAUCUGUGCACAGAAGGCAACCAUAUCAAGGAAGAGAAAUAAAAAGAAAAAAUUGCCCCAAAAGACUUUUGAACCAAUUACUGUGAAUAAGAAGUCCAGCACUGUAGAGAAUGAAAAGAAACUGUCAACCAACUCUGAAAAAUCCAGUCUGCACGCAGCUGAACCUGCUCUCAAACCAGAGACCCCCAUUUCAGGAUUUGGUAUCAUUCUUGAAUCGCCUUCCUCAGAUCCAGAAGUGCAGCUUGCUGAAGGCUUUGAUGUCUUUAUGCCCAAAUCUCAGCUGGACUCUAUAUUGUCAAACUAUACACGCUCAGGAAGCUUACUGUUCAGAAAGCUGGUCUGCGCAUUUUUUGACGACAAGACUUUGGCUAACUCUUUACCCAAUGGGAAGAGGAAAAGAGGACUCAAUGACAAUCGAAAAGGAUUAGACCAAAACAUCGUGGGUGCAAUAAAAGUCUUCACAGAAAAAUACUGCACUGCUAACCAUGUGGAUAAACUUCCUGGGCCCAGAGACUGGGUACAGAUUCUGCAGGAUCAGAUUAAACUGGCAAGACGGCGAUUAAAAAGAGGCUCAGCUGAGGCAACUGACUGUGAUGAGAAACCGGACAUUUCUCUACUACAAACAGGUAACAUUUUUGAGACCCCAACAGAUAACCUGGUAGACACAAAAGCAGACUUUUCUGCUUAAAUUUUACUUCCUACGUCAGUGUUUCAUUAGCAGACACAAACAUCCUUCAGUUUGAAUGGCGUUCCUGCAAGAUUGGUGUGAGCGUUUCAGUCUGCUGCGAGGUGUGGAUGUCCUGUGCUGUUCUCUCUUCAAGUCCGAGUUGUUUCACAUACUUGCUACGUGACAUGGAACAAUAAAGGCACCAAAUUGUUUCAAGAUUUUUUUUUUUUUUAAUUUUUUUGCAUCUUAACUAGAAAUGAGUUGCUCAGUAUCAAGUAUAUUUCCUAACUAGUGUGGUAUCCACUGCUGCUGGAUGAAUUCCCUUGCCUUUGAUUUUCCUCCAUGAUUGUAUGCAUGCUGAGCAUAUUUCAUCUUAAAUUAUACAGAAGCUAAAGAACACAGAUGGAUGACUCUCUUCCCACCCAAGGGAGUUAUGAUGGCAUCUCUCUUCUUCAUGGGUCAAGAAAGCUAAUAGAAAUGCUUGGUUAGGCAAAUUGGUUAGUCCUUUUGGUUCUGAAGACCCACUUUUCAAUUUUGAGUGCUAUUUCUCUGAAGAAAAAUGGUAAAAACUUCCAGUCGUAUACCGUCUAGCAUAGGAGGCACUUAAUGAAUGUAGCCACGUGGAGGUGAAAGCAGAGUGCAAGCUGAUAACGUCCAUUUCCUACUGUGGUGAUAUUUACAAGGCAUUUGUGACACUCCCAAGCCCAGAUCCGAGUGAGGCAGCUUGCCAAGCGUUUUCAUUUUGCAGACUAUUUCAGAAGACCCUUCUCUCUCCACCUUCCCCCAGCCUCUCCAAAUCCCUCACUGUAAGGAUCUCAAAAUGUUUUAUUUUGCAGACCACCAGGACAGGGACCACCACCCUCUGCUGGGUCACAGACCAUGGUUUGAGAACCACAGCUCUUGCAGACCAGAGGCCACCUACGAAAACCUCCAUCCAGAUUGGCACUCUGUUGACAGUCUCAGCAGUUAGGAUGAGUGAAUCAAGCCAGAGAUUGAACUACCCUCUCAGAGAGAGAAGUGGUUCCUUCAGGUGAGGGAGGAGGCAAUAGCUCAUGUCGCCCUCAGGGCAGCCUAUAACUCUCCAUCUUUCACUAGCACUAAAUUCACUUUAAAAAAGAUAGGGGGAAAACUAUAGGAAGGCUCUUACCUGGCAGAAUAUAUUGAUCCCUGGCCAAUUAACUAAGACAAUGCAUUUCCUGGAACUCAGCAGACAGAUUGCUGAAGCUUUUGCUACUAUUUUCUUUUCCUUCAUAUAUUUGAGGCCUAUCAUGAAGCUUUCUCCUUGAAACCAUUUGGCCUUUUUAUGGGUGUUUUUAACUAAAGUGCUAUUACAGGAAGUGGGAAUUUUUUUUUUUCCAAAAUAUUUUAAGUCUUUUUGGCGGCUUCUCUCAAGGAACUAUUUCUUCUGAACAUUCAUUGACAAACAGGCCUGAGCGUCAGACAUCCUGAAUGCCCACAAAUAACACUGAAGCCUUCAGGAGCUGCAGGUUCUCUCGGCACCUUUUGAAAAUGAGACCGUCAAGCAUUCCCUGCCUAUUUAAAAAUGUAUUGUUAAAGGCAACAAUGUUCUCUGUAAAACUGUGGAAUAUAUUGAAUGUGCACUGCAGACCUUAAAAGAGCAUUUCCUUCAAAGGCUGGUGUGGCCGCUUCCCCUAUGCCUUGUAAUCCCUGUGCUCCAAGGAGGGUGGCAGGGAGCCGCAAGGUCCAUGCGGCGAGUUGGUCCAGUCCAGAGCAGAAUGCUAACACGGCAGAAUCAGCAUUUUGUAAAUUUUGAGAUUGCAUUUGUGUUUACUUACUGUGACUACUGUUCAGACUUUCUUCGGAAAUCUUUUUUAUAGGGUUUAUUAGAGAGAAAAAUCAUUCCAUAUUUAGGUAAAACGUCUCAAUCUUCUGUAUAUAUGUUUUAUUAAUAUGUAAAUAUUUAGAUAUUUUUAAAUGACUAUGUUCUUAAUAAAACAACAAGGGACUAGUUGUGAAAUGGUGUAUAACAUUGUGUCGUGUUACGGAUCUCUGGGAAACCCUCUUUGUCAGUUCAGAAAAGAAAAACCCACAAUAAAUAACAUUAAUUGAC